GGAGAACUCGCCGAAAAUCACCUCGUCCCCUUUCACCACGAUCUCCUUCUUCUGCGUGUUGUAUUGGCGCAGCACGCUCAGGACGUCCGCCAUCGCCUCAGCCUGCCUACCUCGCUUGCUCGCUCCCUCGCUGGCCUCAAGACCGAGGUGCGCGCUCGCUCCGCUCCUCUCGCGGUCCUCGAGUCCGUCUCCCGCCCCUUCCCUUGCUCUCUGGCGCGCUCUUUUACUCCUUCGAGUCGACACCCACCUUACUCGCUGACAGACAGGCAAACAAACUGACCCAACCGACUGGCCCAGCCGCCACCGACGCCGCGCGCGAGAGAAAGCUAGAGAAUGGGAAACAGUAUGUGUGCUACCACAGAGUUACCUAACAUUGAGACUACUAACCAGAUACAGCAAACUAUCUCGGACAACUGUGUAGUGAUCUUCUCCAAAACAACAUGCUCCUACUGCAACAUGGCAAAGAAGUUAUUUGAAGAUAUGAAUGUGAAUUACACAGCCAUUGAAUUGGACAUGUAUGAAAACGGAAAUCAGUUUCAAGACAUUCUGCACCGAAUGACUGGUGGCAGGACAGUUCCAAGAAUAUUUAUCAACGGAACCUUUGUUGGAGGUGCAACAGACACACAGAGACUUCACCGGGAGGGCAAACUGCUCCCGUUAGUUCACCAGUGUCUAAUACAAAGAGGACAAAACUUGGAACAGCCAUGUAGUCUUCCUUAACUUCCUUGCUCCUGAUAGAAUAACAUUACUGAGGUUUAUUAGACUGUGUGCAUCGUCCUACGUCAGUACUAUUGAUGUGUUCAUAAUAUGUAGAAAAAUGCUUUGACUUUGAAAAGAGAUAAUUUAUUGAGACCUGGUAUAUCUUACAUUCACCAUGCAAUCUUAAACAUACUAUGUGCUGUUGAAAAUGUGGGCCUGAGUAAACAUGCAUAAAAUUGCACUGCAUGUCUUCAAAAAAAUUUGUAACCACAAGUUCUGUUUAGAUACUUAACCUCAGCUAUUUUCACAAUUCUAACCAUGUCUGCUCAGAAGUAAGUCAGAUUGAAUUCAGUAGGGUUUAUUGCCAGGUAAGUGGGGUCACCGUUGCACCCUGAAUUAAGUUGCACUUAGACCUCACUUAUUUCAAUGUGGAAAAGUUAUUAUUGAUUUAGUUUCUACACUUCAGUCUAGAUCCAACUGAGGAUUGUGCUGGCAUUUUCUGUGGCAGAUAAUUAUUUACGUUCAUGUAAGUGUUAAAAGUUAGAAAGGAGUUUGGUUACCAAACACUAAACAAAUGAAUUCACAAGCCAUUGGUAAAGUAUUAACUUUAGGAUACAUUAAUUGCUGGAAUAGCUAGCUUGGUGUACAUUAGAUUUAUUUUAAGAUGGAUGCCUCCUUUAUUCAGAUUGCAGUAGUAUUUCUAGCCCCUUGGAAGUAAGCUGUAGUUGGUAUUAAAUGCAGCAGUCCCUAUGCUCCAGCCCCUUCCCAAAGUUAUAACGAGAUUAAAUCAGAUCUACAGAAAUGCUCUACUUGUAUGAGCUACCAAUGGCACAGCUGGACCGGGGCCAAUGACAGAGAAGGAAACUCCUCCAAUCUAUGUCUGUUACUGAAAUGGGCCUGAACAUACAUCUUCUCUUUGUCUAAAGGCUGCUGUUGGCUGCAUUCAUGAUUUAUUAUGAAAUGAGCCUACCCCUUCCCUCACAUGCAUUGUGUACACCACCACCCUGAGCACACUUAGAAGAUGAGAAGCUUUUGUUUCCUCCAAUUAAACUGCAGCUCGUCUUGCCACUGAAACCUGACACACUGUGGUUUGAGAGAAGCCACCUUCAAACUAUGGUUGAAGUUAGCUAGUUUCAAGAACCAUAGAGAUUAAUCACAAGAUUUACACAUAAUGUCGAACUGUGAUUAACUGAAGUAAUUGGGAACUCCUUGUUAUGUCCAUGGCAGGGGGUUAGAGGAGUGUACAAGUCAGGCAGAAGCUAGGCUUAUACCUGUCAUGAUAUGCUGUGGUUUAGGGCAGAGGUAGGGAAUGUAUUUUGGGCUGGCAGGCCAAAGCCUUAUCUUCCCACCCUCGAAAGGCCAAGUUUAACAGGUGGGUGGGGUUGUACACCUGUCAAUCACAUGAUGUCAAGUUACACUGCCCUUCGAAGUCCCAGCUGCCAGGGCCUUAAAGUGCAGUGCAGGACUGUUUCAAAGCCCUUUUCCAAACAGCCCCACCUACUCUUUAAAUGAGCAGUUUUCUUGGGUUUAAAGAGCAGCGUGGGACUGUUGCAUAAGGGCUUUCAAACAGCUGGGCAUUAUACUUCGGCUACAUGUGCUUGUUCCUAGCAGGGGGAACAGGUGUGCACAGUCAAACUGAGCAGGAUUGAAUCCUCCACUCGCAAGCUAUUGAAAAGAUAAUGUGAUUCUGCUGGCCACUUGCAUCUGCUUUGCCAGAGCUUUCUGUAGGGGACAUGCUGGCAAAGCAGACACCAGCAGACUGAACCCUAUUCCAUCUGUCAGCUGAUGAACAGGUGCACAUGGUUUGGGGGAAUGGUCUUAGACCCCUGGAAUGGCUAAGAUUGGCCCGUGACUGAGGUUCCCCAUCCCUGGUGUAGGGUGAUAUUACUGUAUAGCCACUUUAUAGAAGCAGGAGAUCUAGGAAGCUAUUAAGGGAAUGAUAGCAGGGGUGGGAAGUAUAACACAUUAGCCUAUGUAAUAAGUGCUUUUCACUUUUUUGACAAUUUAAUUUUUGUGAAAGAUCAGGCCUUUGAUGUCUAGUUGGAAAUCUUCUUUCCCUCUCAUUGCCAGACCCUGAAGUGAUAUGACUUCAGCACAGGACCUUGAGUCAGAAGGACCCCACACUGCAGAAGGGCUGGCUUGCCAUAUUUUGAGUCAAAUAUAGUACACAUUACCAUCUAAAUAGUGGGUGAGUGGAGAAAUAAAGACCUUUUGCAGUAAGUGAAGUAAUAAUGCACAUUACUGUAGAAAGAGAGCGCUCACACUAUCUGAAAGAGCACCUGAUAGAUCAGAGAUCACGACUGUGAGGUUCUACAUCUCCCCUCCCCCACAUCUGUUUCAAUUGUAAGCUCCUUUGCAAUGUCACAAUGUUACUACUGCAAUAUGCUGGAGUUCCAAAAAAAGUGUAUGUUCUGUUCAGGAAAUGUAUAUUCAGGGCUUUUCAAGGUAGGUGGAAUAGGAUCUAGCUUGUCCUUCACCAGCAGAAAGAGAGACAAUUUCUGGUUAAAUGCAAGGGAAUCCCUCCCCCUCCCCCAAAUCCUGCAGAAAUUAAACUUGUAACUCGGAGAGGUUCUCAUUCAUCUUGCUUCCUGUUCUAGUUUUCUAUUGCCCAAGGAGAUUAGCAAAGUGUUACCAGAAGAUUGGGGGGGGGGAAGAGAUUAAAGAAAUGUACACAGGCUCAGUGGUACAGUCCAUUUUCCUUCACAUGUAGAUCUAGCCUAUGUUAGAUAUUGAAAGUUUUCAUAAUACACUUCUAGACUUCCACUGUACAAAACACUUGGUUUUUUCAGCUCGCUGUUGCAAUAGUGCUUAGCUAAUUGUAAUUUAUAAGCAUAAAAAUUAUAAAUGACACUUUACAGCAGGGGUGGCUAACCUGUGUCCCUCUAGCUGUUCUUGAACUACAACUCUUGUCAGCCCCAGCAAGCAUGGUCUGGCCAAGGACAAUGGGAUGUGUAGUUCAGCAACAUCUGGAUGGCCACAAGUGAAUCACCCAUUUUACAGUGUAGUUUUUUCUAAACUAAGUGUUUUUCUUGCUGCUUAAUGCACUUGCACUAAAUAAGAACUAAAUAUCAGAAUUUGCCAUUAAAUGUGUAUUUAAUACGUACAUCUCAUACUUGUAUAUUAGUAGAACUAAUUAUUUUUAUCCUGCUUUUCAAAUGUAUAUCAACCAGAAGACUCUGCCCUCAGGCUUACAAAGGCACACGAGGGGACUGAUGGGAUAUCAAUUCAACAAUGCCAGAAGAAACUUGUGUGUUGUAAAGCCAUGGUAGGAAACCUGAGGCCCUCCAGCUGUAGCUUGAGUACAAUUGGGCAUGGUGGUUGAGGCUGAUGCAAGUUAGAAUCUAAAAACAUCUGAAGGGCCACGGAUUCCCCACCCCUGUUGCAAACAGACACUUAUAUCUAGUUGGGGCCAGGCUGGUCUUCCCCUACUGGCGGUCUUGCUUGGAUAGUUUGCAAUAUGGGUGGCUAACCUGUGGUCAUCCAGAGAUGGCUGUAUUAUAGAUCUAUCAGCCUUGGCCUUUGAGCAUGCUGAUGGAAGUUGUAGCUCAGCAACAGGUGGAGAGCCACCCUGUUUACAAUAAGUGUCUUUAUUUGAGUGUCAGUUUUAAAGUCUUGUGUUUAUUAAAUAGAUGAAAGUAAGUUAAGGCACAGCAGGUUUCUCAAAUAAGCCUGAAGCUCCACAAAAUGGAGGUUUGUGUUGCUUCUCAAAAACAGUAAGAAAACUCUUAAAAAUAGGAACAGUGACGAGUGCUUAAAAACACUAUAGUGUGCAUCAGCAGUGGGGAACCUGUGGCCUGAUUAUACAGUUAUCAUACCUGACCAUUACUUAUGCUGUCUGUGACUGAUGAGUUGUUAUGAAUCCAUCAUCUUAAAGACCACUGGCUCCUUAUCCCUCAUAUGUAUGAUCAAUAAAACAAGGAUGCUGUAUUUAGUUUUAUUUAACAGAA